UAAAUUAUAUAUAUAUAUAUAAAUGUAUAUAAAGAUCUGUCUAUAAAUGGGCUAUUUUUGGUGUCGUUUUUUCAUCCUCGCAAAAAUUGGAAUAGGAGAAAACCGAUUAAUCCAGUGGUGCAACUUUACUUAAUAUACAAUAGGAUAAUUUAAUCGGAUCUAACUGUGGCUGUAUGAGUGGGUGGAGAUAAAAGCACGAGUGUAGAAAGAUGGCAACUAACGAAGAUAUGAUUGAUGGGAGACCCGUGGAAUACGGGCUCACCCUGGAGGAGCUCAGGGAGCUUAUGGAACACCGUAAACAUGAGGCCUAUGAGACAAUACAGACUAGAUAUAAUGGUGUUCUAGAAAUGUGCAAGAAAUUAUAUACAUCUAGUAAUGAAGGCUUAUCGGGUAGUCCUGUGGACUUGGAGCAUAGGCGAAAAGUUUUUGGUGGAAAUGUGAUACCCCCAAAACCUCCAAAAACUUUCUUUCAGUUAGUGUGGGAAGCUAUUCAGGACGUUACGUUAAUAAUUCUAUUAGUAGCAGCUCUUAUUUCAUUAGGAUUAUCAUUUUAUUCCGGCUCGGCAGCAGAAGAGGAUCAAGGAGGUGGGGAUUCAUCGGAGAAGGAAGCGAGUUGGAUAGAGGGUGUGGCUAUAUUAGUUGCUGUUGUUGUUGUUGUUUUGACAACUGCUUUUAAUGACUGGCAAAAAGAAAAACAAUUUAGGGGAUUACAAGCAAAAAUUGAACAUGAACAUCAGUUUAGUGUGAUACGAGCAGGUGAAGUGAUUCAGAUUCCUGUAGGAGAUAUAGUCGUUGGAGAUAUUUGUUUAGUUAAAUAUGGUGAUUUACUACCUGCUGAUGGUGUAAUUAUACAAAGUAAUGAUUUAAAAGUUGAUGAAAGUUCAUUAACUGGUGAAUCAGACCAUGUAAAGAAAGGAGAAGUAAAUGAUCCUAUGUUAUUGUCAGGUACCCAUGUGAUGGAGGGAAGUGGAAAAAUGCUCACAACUGCAGUAGGUAUCAACUCACAGACUGGUAUUAUUUUCGCCCUUCUCGGCGCCUCAUCGGAUGAAAAAGAAGACAAAAAGAACAAGCAAAAUUCAGAGAAUAAUGCUCAGGGCCAGAAUGCAGGUGUUACAAUAGUAUCUUAUAAAGGCACCAAGGGAACGGGACCCACACAACCAUUGCUUAGCGAUCCAGGCAGAGUGGACACAGAACAUGUGAACCUUGAGAUGACCGGAAAUUCUCACCAUGCCAAUGCUAGCAACAAAGUAACAAACAAGAUUCCCGAGGAGGUUGAGGAAGCUACAACGGAGGUCGCCAAGACAGUACAUUCUUCCGCAAGAAAAGAGAAAUCUGUCCUCCAGUCAAAGCUUACUAAACUUGCCAUACAGAUUGGUUAUGGAGGUACUGGUAUUGCUGUGCUUACUGUCCUUAUCCUUAUCAUCAAGUUCAGUGUGAGGAAGUUUGCAGUUGAGGAACGGCAAUGGGAUUGGGGUUAUGUGGAGUACUUCGUAAAUCAUUUCAUCAUUGGUGUUACUGUGUUGGUGGUGGCUGUACCUGAAGGUCUGCCAUUGGCUGUCACACUCUCACUAGCUUAUUCAGUCAGGAAAAUGAUGCACGAUAAUAACUUAGUACGUCAUUUAGAUGCCUGUGAGACUAUGGGUAAUGCAACUGCAAUUUGUUCUGACAAAACGGGUACAUUGACCACAAAUAGAAUGACGGUGGUACAAAGCUAUAUUGGUGGAGUGCAUUAUAAAUCAAUUCCUAACUUCCAGACAUUGUCCAACAAGAUACAAGAAGUAAUGGUGAAAGCCAUCUCCAUUAACAGUGGCUACACAUCACAAGUUAUGAAAGGUGAACAAGAAGGAGAACUUCCUAAACAACUUGGUAACAAGACGGAGUGUGCAUUGCUCGGCUUUGUCAUGGAUCUAGGUCAGAGUUAUGAGGCCGUGAGGGAGGAUCACCCUCAAGAUACACUGGUUAAGAUUUAUACUUUCAACUCCAUGAGGAAAUCCAUGAGUACUGUAAUACACCUGCCUGGAGGGAAUUUCCGUCUGCUCACCAAAGGAGCUUCAGAAAUGGUCCUUAAUAAAUGUGAAUAUAUCCUCGAUUGUAAAGGUGAACCACAGCCAUUCAGUGUUGAAAAUCAGGAAACAGUUAUUAAAAGUGUAAUAGAGCCAAUGGCAGGGGAUGGUCUUAGAACUAUUUGUAUUGCGUACAAAGAUUAUAGAAAAGAGAAGCAAGGAAUAAAUGAUGAGCUGAUUGAUGAUGAACCUGACUGGGAAGAUGAAGAUGCUAUUGUACGUGGCUUGACAUGUAUCUGUAUUGUUGGCAUAGAGGAUCCUGUCAGACCAGAGGUACCUAAUGCCAUCAAGAAAUGUCAAAGGGCUGGAAUCUGUGUACGUAUGGUUACUGGCGACAAUGUUAAUACAGCCCGCUCUAUUGCAGCUAAAUGCGGUAUCUUGCGUUUCAAUGAAGACUUCCUGGUACUGGAGGGCAAAGAAUUUAACAAACGUAUCAGAGACCCAGCGACAGGCGAGGUUUCCCAAAAAUUAUUAGACCAGGUAUGGCCAAAUCUUCGUGUACUGGCUCGAUCAUCUCCACAAGAUAAAUAUGUUCUUGUAAAAGGUAUCAUAGACAGUAAACUGACGUCAAGUCGUGAAGUUGUCGCCGUAACAGGUGAUGGCACCAAUGAUGGUCCUGCAUUAAAGAAGGCUGAUGUUGGAUUUGCUAUGGGUAUAUCUGGUACUGAUGUAGCGAAGGAGGCUUCAGAUAUUAUUUUAACAGAUGAUAACUUUACAAGCAUCGUAAAAGCAGUGAUGUGGGGAAGAAACGUAUAUGACAGCAUUGCAAAAUUCUUACAGUUCCAGUUGACAGUAAACGUUGUUGCCGUUCUCGUAGCUUUCCUUGGUGCUUGUAUUAUAGAUGACAGUCCUCUUAAAGCUAUACAGAUGUUGUGGGUCAACCUCAUUAUGGACACUUUGGCAUCCCUGGCUCUGGCGACAGAAUUACCUAGUGAGGAACUUCUAGAACGUAAACCAUAUGGACGUACAAAACCACUCAUAUCCAGAACUAUGAUGAAAAACAUCUUAGGCCAUUCUGUUUAUCAACUAAUUGUUGUGUUUGUCUUAUUGUUUGCUGGUACGUAUAAAAAUAGUUUGAAACCCAAUUUUAAUAAAAAAAACUUUAUAGCAAAUUUAAGUUUGAUAACAAGUUGCUUGUUUUGUGUUGAACUUUUAAAUCUUAAAUUAUAG